AGGCCGCAAGAGUGCCACCAGUCGUACAUGUCAACGAAGAAGAAAAUGCGGAAGUCGCCUUGCUGACGUCAGUGUUAGCAUGUGCGGACCUUGUGUUAUCUAGAAACGUCUCACAGGUCACACUACAACGAAGUACUAUACCACAUUCAAACAAUUCUACCACUAGAGAAACAUUAUUUAGGCCAAAAUAUGUCUACCAUUGCCCAGGAACAUGUGCGAGGGAAAAGCGUCUUCAAAGACUUGAGCGCCGACGACGAAGACUGGCAGCCCACCGAGAUGGAGAGUUUGUGUAUGAACUGCUACCAGAACGGAAUCACACGGUUGCUUCUCACUAAAAUCCCCUUUUUCAAGGAGGUCAUCGUAAGUUCUUUUAGCUGCGACAAAUGCAGCUGGUCCAACACGGAGAUCCAGUCAGCCGGACGCAUUCAGGAGCAAGGCGUAUGCUACACUCUUCAAGUCCGAAGUAAACAAGACUUGGAUAGGGAGGUGGUUAAAAUGGACAGCGCUACUACAAAGAUACCAGAGCUGGAUUUUGAGAUCCCUCCCUUCACACAGAAAGGCUCCCUGUCCACGAUUGAGGGCCUUUUGGACCGAGCUGUGGCCGGGUUGGAGCAAGAUCAAGCGGCCAGACGUGCAGCCGACCCAGAGGUGGCCGGGAAAAUUGAAGCCUUUAUCCAGAAACUGAAAAAACUCAAAGAUGUGGAUAAGGAAUUUACUGUAGUAAUUGAAGAUCCAUCAGGCAACAGUUUUGUGGAGAACCCUGUUGCCCCCCUUAAAGACGAGGCCCUCACAGUGUCCUGGUUCCGACGCUCCAUCCAGCAGGAGAAGCAGCUGGGUUUGAGGGCGGACGAUGACCCAGAGGACGAAGAACCACCUGGCAACGACUUGGACACUAUGAGGAGCGAGGUGUUGGUCUUCAACACCAACUGUCCCGAGUGCAACGCCCCGGCCUCGACCAACAUGAAGCUGGUCCAGAUCCCUCACUUCAAGGAGGCCAUCAUCAUGGCCACCAACUGUGACAGCUGUGGACAUCGUACUAAUGAAGUCAAAUCGGGCGGCGCCACCGAGGAGAAAGGCACCAAGAUCUCCCUGCACAUUAACGGUCCUUCAGACAUGACACGAGACCUACUCAAAUCAGAGACCUGCUCAGUUCUCAUCCCGGAGUUGGACUUCGAGCUGGGCAAGGCGGCGUUGUGCGGCAAGUUCACCACCCUGGAGGGCCUGUUGACUGACAUCAAAGACCUUGUCGUUGCCAAAAACCCAUUUGUGUGCGGGGAUAGCGGCGACUCGGAUCGCAUGCAGAAGCUCAAGGAAUUCGGUGAGAAGAUUGAGAAGAUAAUCGCCGGGGAUAUGAGGGUCCAUAUCAUCCUGGAUGAUCCGGCCGGAAACAGCUACCUGGAAAACGUAUACGCCCCUGAGGCAGAUCCAGAAAUGACUGUUGAGACAUACACUCGCUCAUUUGAACAAAACGAAGAUCUGGGUCUUAAUGACAUGAAGACUGAAGACUACCUGGAGGACAACUGAAACGAGAACCACCUGACCUGACAUGAAAUUCCAAAAGUGAGUUCUAAACAGGUUCUCAAAGACAAGAAAGGAGUUGUUUUAUUCCAUCAUGUUUUUUUUUUGGACUCUUUGAUUUCACUACUAUGUUUUAAUCACGGCAAGAAGUUCUAAGUUGUUUAUCAGUACAAUGGGAACAAAAUGUACAUGCAAACUCAGUAUACUUUGGUAUCGUGGUUGCAGUACUGCAGUAUCUCACAAGAGGGCGCCAUAUCAUCUACAGGAAUUAUUAUGUGUCUACUAUUUAAAUCAUGGCACAGCAAUCAGACUUGAAAGUGGGUAUAUUUUUUUAAAAAUUACCGUUAUGGAGUGUAGUGUGUUAUUUUAUUUGGACAAAAGAGUCAUAUUUGUCUUCAUAUUAUUUAGUCAAUGCAGAGGCUUUAGUAAUACGGACAAAGACAUGGAAGAGAUAUAUUGAAAUAAAGGUCUCAUGAUAACAAAAGAUUGUGAUCAUUUC